UUUUCUCUUUCUUGCAGCACUGAUUACCUUCGAUCAGCUGAGAUGACUGAGGUAAUAAUGAAUACUCAGCCCAUGGAUGAGAUGGGACUCAGCCCCCGCAAAGACUCCUAUCAGAUCUUCCCAGAUCCUUCAGACUUUGAACGCUGCUGCAAACUCAAGGACAGACUCCCCUCCAUUGUGGUGGAGCCCACAGAGGGAGAUGUAGAGAGCGGGGAGCUGCGAUGGCCACCUGAGGAGUUUCUGGUGGAGGAGGAAAAGGAAUCCAGCUGCGACCCAACACAGAAAGAGAACAAGGAGCAGUAA